AUGUCAUUGAACAAAACUGAAGAUUUAACUCAAAUAUUAAAAGAAUUAAAAGUUGGUUCAAUAUUAAUAAAACAAAAAAGUCAUGGGGAAAAAUAUGUACGUCGUUUUUAUCUUGAUGAACAUGAAGAUUUUAUCUCAUAUUAUCAAUCGGAAAAAAUUUUUGCUCAACCACGUCGAUAUUAUAUUCGAGAAAUCGACGAAGUUCGAGCUGGUUUUCAUACACUAGCAUUUGGUCAACUCCUUAAGCAACAUAAUGUUCAUUCAGAUGAUGAAGAACUUGCAUUUUCCAUCUUUUACAAUAAUUAUCGAGAUGAACUUCAUUUAAUGGCAAAUGAUGAACAAACAAGAUGUAAGUGGAUACUAGGAUUGCAAUAUUUAAUCGAUCUUUAUGCACAAAAACGACAGGGACAUAUUAUUCAUGAUACCAAUUGGAUUUUAAGUCAUCUACGGUUUGGUGAUAAAGAUAAAUCGAAUACCAUCACUAAACUUGAAUGUCAACAAUUACUAGCCGAUUCAUUAAAUGUCGAACUACCAGAAGAUGUUUUUGAAAAGCUUUUCCAAGAAACAGAUAAAAAUGGUGAAAAUAUUUUGACUCCAGAUGAAUUUAUAAAUUUUUUUCAAGUUCUUGCUCGUCGAAUUGAUCUGUAUGAAAUUAUGCAAAAAUAUGUGGAAAAUGGUGAUGAACAAACGAUUGAAACGAUUUGUAUGAAUAUUAAUGAACUUUUAUAUUUUCUUCGAACUGUUCAAAAUCAAAGUAUUUUGACUUACUCAUCAAAACAGUUUAAAGAUGAUUUCACAAUUCAACCAAUUACAAAACGUGAACAAGUACAAGAAUUAAUUAAUGAAUUUGAACCAAAUAUUGAAUUACAAGAAAAAGGUCUUCUAAGUCUCGAUGGGUUUCAAAAUUUAUUAUUAUUCGAGGAUUUUUCUUUGAUAAAACCAUGGUGUUCUCGUCGAGUUUAUCAAGAUAUGACGAGUUAUUUAUUCGAUAGUCAACUGUGUGGUGAUAGUAAUCCUGAAGCAUUUAAUCGAGUAUUACGUUCUGGUUGUCGUGUUGUUGAAAUGGAUUGUUAUGAUGGUGAUGAUGGUCAACCGAUAGUCACACAUGGUUUUACUUUUGUUAAGCCAUGCCUUUUUGAAUCGAUUAUUCAAUUCAUCAAACCAACUUUAUUCAAAGCAUCACCUUAUCCAGUUAUUCUUUCACUUGAAAAUCAUUGUUCAAUUUCACAACAAAAAGAAAUAGCUCGUAUUUUAAAGCAGAUUCUUGGAAAUCAAUUAAUCACUGCACCUAUAACAACAAAAAACUCAUCAGUAUUGCCAUCACCAGAAGAUCUCAAAUACAAAGUUCUAAUUCGAACAGUUGAACAUGAUUCAUCUGAUUUGUGUGUCUUUUUCGAGACUAAAUCCUUUAGAGAAUCUGAUGCUACUAAGAAUCUUUAUUUUGGUUCUCAUUCACCAUCACUAUCUGAAAGAGAAUUAAAACAGGUCUGUCGAUCUGAUCCAAUUGGUUUAAUGAAACAAACACAAAAAUGUUUACUUAGAAUGUAUCCUGAUGGUUUAAGACAAGAUUCAAGUAAUCCAAAUCCAGUUGAUGCAUGGAAUUUUGGUAUACAAAUGGUUGCACUUAAUUAUCAAAAUGAUGAUCAUAUGAUGGAAUUAUGUUAUGGAAAAUUUAUUGAUAAUGGUGGUUGUGGUUAUGUUCUUAAACCAAAUUAUUUAAUUAAUUUAGAAAAAUCCAAAUAUAAUCCAUUUGAUUAUUUAAAACAACCAUUAAUAUUAUCAAAAGAUAUAAAUGAAUAUCCUCAACGUUUAAUAUUAACAAUAAUAAGUGGUCAAUUUUUAUGUCGAUCAAGUGAAAAAACAGAUGAUAUUCCAGAUCCAUAUGUUAUUAUAUCAACACAUGGAAUUUUAUGUGAUCAACAAAUAAAAAAAACAAAAUUUAUUGAAAAUAAUGGAUUUAAUCCAAUAUGGAAUGAAACAUUUCAAUUUGAUAUUUAUUUUCCUCAAAUGUGUCUUGUUCGUUUUGAUGUUUAUGAUUAUGAUAUAUUUACUCGUGAUGAUCGACUUGCUUAUUUUUGUUUACCAAUGAUAACUAUGCAAACAGGUUAUCGUCAUAUUCAUUUAAAAGCUAUAGAUAAUGAUUCGACCUAUUCAACUUUAUUUGUACAUGUUGCUAUAGAAAAUAAAUGA